CCCCUUCCGGGCUGUGCCUGUCUGCUGGAGAGAAGAUGGCGGCGGCCGGUGAAGCUGUGCGGCUGGAGAGAGGUGAGCUGGCGAGCUGUGCAGCCCUGGGGGGUCAGCCAGGAGACCCUGUGAUAAUAGCAAUGCGCUGAUUAACAAGCAUCCCCCCUCCUCAGCUCACAGACCUUCUCACAGCCUCCCUCCAAGUCAUAAGCCAGAGCUUCAUUUAUUACUCUGUGACCCAGCAGGCGCUGAGCAUCAUGGGACAUGUAGUCCCCUGCCUCUGCAGUGCCAAAGCUGCCCAGUCCCUGGUCCAGGUGUCAUUAAUUAACCUUAAUUUCCUGCCUGGAUAAUCCAGUGCCAGUGAGGGUUAUAUUGUUACAGGUCUGCAGUAAUGUGUUAAAGCCAGUGCCAGUGAGGGUUAUAGCGUUACAGGUCUGCAGUAAUGUGUUAAAGCCAGUGCCAGUGAGGGUUAUAUUGUUACAGGUCUGCAGUAAUGUGUUAAAGCCAGUGCCAGUGAGGGUUAUAGUGUUACAGGUCUGCAGUAAUGUGUUAAAGUCAGUGCCAGGGAGGGUUAUAUUGUUACAGGUCUGCAGUAAUGUGUUAAAGCCAGUGCCAGGGAGGGUUAUAUUGUUACAGGUCUGCAGUAAUGUGUUAAAGUCAGUGCCAGGGAGGGUUAUAUUGUUACAGGUCUGCAGUAAUGUGUUAAGCCAGUGAGGGUUAUAUUGUUACAGGUCUGCAGUAAUGUGUUAAAGCCAGUGAGGGUUAUAUUGUUACAGGUCUGCAGUAAUGUGUUAAAGCCAGUGAGGGUUAUAGUGUUACAGGUCUGCAGUAAUGUGUUAAGCCAGUGAGGGUUAUAGUGUUACAGGUCUGCAGUAAUGUGUUAAAGCCAGUGCCAGUGAGGGUUAUAGCGUUACAGGUCUGCAGUAAUGUGUUAAAGCCAGUGCCAGUGAGGGUUAUAUUGUUACAGGUCUGCAGUAAUGUGUUAAAGCCAGUGCCAGUGAGGGUUAUAGUGUUACAGGUCUGCAGUAAUGUGUUAAAGUCAGUGCCAGGGAGGGUUAUAUUGUUACAGGUCUGCAGUAAUGUGUUAAAGCCAGUGCCAGGGAGGGUUAUAUUGUUACAGGUCUGCAGUAAUGUGUUAAAGUCAGUGCCAGGGAGGGUUAUAUUGUUACAGGUCUGCAGUAAUGUGUUAAGCCAGUGAGGGUUAUAUUGUUACAGGUCUGCAGUAAUGUGUUAAAGCCAGUGAGGGUUAUAUUGUUACAGGUCUGCAGUAAUGUGUUAAAGCCAGUGAGGGUUAUAGUGUUACAGGUCUGCAGUAAUGUGUUAAGCCAGUGAGGGUUAUAGUGUUACAGGUCUGCAGUAAUGUGUUAAAGCCAGUGCCAGGGAGGGCUAUAUUGUUGCAGGUCUGCAGUAAUGUGUUAAAGCCAGUGCCAGUGAGGGUUAUAUUGUUACAGGUCUGCAGUAAUGUGUUAAAGCCAGUGCCAGGGAGGGUUAUAUUGUUACAGGUCUGCAGUAAUGUGUUAAGCCAGUGCCAGUGAGGGUUAUAUUGUUACAGGUCUGCAGUAAUGUGUUAAGCCAGUGCCAGGGAGGGUUAUAUUGUUACAGGUCUGCAGUAAUGUGUUUAAGCCAGUGCCAGUGAGGGCUAUAUUGUUGCAGGUCUGCAGUAAUGUGUUAAAGCCAGUGCCAGUGAGGGUUAUAUUGUUACAGGUCUGCAGUAAUGUGUUAAAGCCAGUGCCAGGGAGGGUUAUAUUGUUACAGGUCUGCAGUAAUGUGUUAAAGCCAGUGCCAGGGAGGGUUAUAUUGUUACAGGUCUGCAGUAAUGUGUUAAGCCAGUGAGGGUUAUAUUGUUACAGGUCUGCAGUAAUGUGUUAAGCCAGUGAGGGUUAUAGUGUUACAGGUCUGCAGUAAUGUGUUAAAGCCAGUGCCAGGGAGGGUUAUAUUGUUGCUGAUCGGCAGUAAUGUGUGUGUUUAUUUCUAACAGUGUCUGUAACUGUAUCUGUGUCUUUUUGUUACCGUUUUGGAAACCCAUGUUGGUCUUUUAAUUUAUUAUUUGUGUUACUGGAGCAGUUGGAGUUGCCGUCUGAGAGCAUUUCCUAAUCACGGGGUUGGCAAUGUAUUAGCCUGUGCUAAUCCUUGUAGUGGACACACUGGUGGAGAUUUUCAAAGUCUUCUGAAAUGUGUGUUUAUUUUAAUCUGUAUUUGUUAAAUGUUUCUAAGACUUGUCCAAAAAUUGUCAGCUUAUUUGUUUUCUAUCUAUCUAAAAACAUUGCCCUGGUGUCCUUAAUAUAAGUAGUGAAACCUCAAGGUUUAUCUAAAUGCAGAGCAUUGCAGCUGUCAUUGACAAGGUGAACAGUGGACUCAGGUUAAUUGUCAAACUAUUAGCAAACAGUUUGCUAACAGUGGGAGGAGGGCUCUGUAGUGGUUAUGGUACUUGGAGUGCUUGUUUGAAUAGAGAAGUGAAACAGAACACUUUUUUUUUUGGUAGAAAAGUUGAUGUAAACAUUGAUACAUCUUUAGCAUUGCUUAAAAAUGGCAUAAAUCCAAAAAUUACGAUUAGGCCCAAAAGAAGCAAUAGACAAAAUAAAUAAAUGUGUCUCAUAAAUUGGUUAAAAUAUGCAGACAAACUGUGCACAAUAGUCUGACACUUUGAUAAAUCUCCUCCAUAAUAGCUCACAAUGUAUUUUUUUAUUUAUUUUUUUAGUAUAGGCUUAGGGUCACUGCGUCUGUUUCCGGUAUUUAUUUUUCAAUACUUAUCUAGUUCUAAGACAGACAGUGUUGCUGUCAGUUUUCCUUUAAAGAUAACCGUGCUGUUGCAUUUCCAGUCCUUGCUGUGGGGCUGAGUUGUAACAGAGUCUUCCUGGGAGAAUUUCAAAUUUAGAGUUAAAAUACCCAAACAGAAAACAUUCCACUAAUCCGCUAUGGCUCCAGUUCAGCUACUUUGAUCGUAAAAGGGUAACUUACUCCAACCAAAAAGACAGCGUUGUUAUAAUAAAACACUGUUUUUGGUUAGAGUAACCCUUGGUGUCAUAGAGACAAUAGAAGAUAAAUAUGCACAGAGUAAGCCUUGUUAAACCCAAAACACUUGUUCCAUCUCACCAAUGAUGCUGCCGCACGUAAAGUUACACACACCGCUUGCAGCACUGGGCUUUUACUCUGAUUGUACUUACAGACUCUAAGCACCAUAACCACUUUUAAAUCAGUCAAGUUUCAGUAACCAUAUACACUUGGAAAUUCACUUUGAACUCCCAACAAUUCUCAAUUUAGUGAGUAACGCUGUUUGUGUCCCUGCCUCCACCACACUCUCUGGUGGUAGUAUGGAGUAAGGAAGCUUUGCUUACAGCAGUUCCUGCACUGUUAGGGGGCCUCUAUUUAUAGGCCCUCUGCAGAAAUACAUAGGGACAAAUACAUUGUGACAAAGUAACUUGUUUCUCCACAGAAACAGAAAUAUGCAGCAGAACAAAGUUAGAGGUCCGUUAAAGCCAUGCAAGGUUGGAUGGUGGGAUAUGGAUAAUUUGGAAGUGCAAUCUGCAAAGUCCCUCAGUAACCCCAGGUUUUGUCAGAACACUCAAGCAGUUUGACAGAAGACUGAGGAAUUGCCCCCAAAUACUCUCUGCACAACAACUAAUACCACAAGCUAUGAUACUUUGAGUUCUCCUUUCAAUGUACUAGCAGAAAGUAUCUCUAGACAAUAAGUCUUAAUUGCAGGAUUCUAUAUUAUAGCGGUGAUGUAUGAGACAUGCAGCCAAACGUCGCUCGUUUGUGCAUCACAUAUGGUUAGUUGUUAAACGUUUUUUUGUUUUUUUUUCUAUACAAGAAGUAUGAAAUUGUUGUUACAUGGAAUUCUUAUUUCAUUUGUUUCUUUUGCUACUAUUUAUUUUGUUUGUACUUUGCUUUAGAGGUUUAACACAUGGUUCAAAAAUUCCACUGGUGCACUCCUGUUUGGCUUGUAAAAAUUGAGGCUGUGCGUGUUAUAUUUGCAGUGUAUUAAUUUUAUUUUUCUUACUGGGCUUCUAGCAGUGCGAGCAGUAAUUAACUUGUUGAGCAAGAGCAGUGUCUUUUCUAUAUGUGCUUCUCUGUGUAGUCCCACAGAUGGAUUGUUGCUGGACUUGUCAAUCAGUAUAAAAUUCAGAGUCUCAGCUCCAAUGCACUUUCCUCCUCCUUGUAAAUAGUAUAAAUUGACAUAGCCCCUCAGUUAGGACAGGCAGGGAAUAAUGAGUUUUCAGAAUCCCCCCUUUUUCUAUGUGGCUCUGGGUCCCAGGACACCAGAAGAGGUGAGAGGGGCACGUCAGUGAGCUCCUGUCCAAUGACUGAUUCUACAGAAGCUAUUGUGUCAAUUUUGUCCCACAAGAGUCCAGGUGAUUUUUCCAAGAAUUCUUACUAAAUAGAAAAUAUUAUGUUUGUGUGUAUAUAUACACUAUUUGUGGUCAGGGCAAUAUUGCCAUGAUGGUAACGUAACCCAUGAUUCGUAUACAACAGAAACAUAGAUAAUAGCACCAGUCGGUUGUGGUGUGCCGGAACCGACAAUGUAGUAGGCCUGUAAUAAGGAGGGCCCACCUUAGAUAGUGAUGUGAAGGGAGUGGUGGAAGGGUUAACUCGCCAGACCAACAAUAGUAAAAUGUGGGAGGAUUGGCAGCCCUUAUAAAGGGGACCCAACCUUAAAUUUGUGGUCAGGGCAAUUGCCAUGGGGGUAGCAUAACACAUGAUUCGUAUACAAUAGAAAAAUAGAUAACACCAGUCGGUUGUGGUGUGCUGGAACCGACAAUGCAGUAGGUCUGUAACAAAGAGGGCAAAAAGAAGUGUACCAUCCAAAAUUUUAUUCAUACUGAAAACAUCAAUUAUUUGGACAAAUCAUGAAAUGCCUGUCGUAACUUAUUAACUGGGUUUGGUAUAUAUAAGGUGGAAGCAGAAGAUUUCCAGCGUCCUAUUGUUUUAAUUAUAUAAGCUAUGCGAUAAGAAUUUCCUGAGUAAUGACUUGCGUUUAUGCCAAGUCUUGUCAAUAGUAUAGGUACAUAAAGCAUAAAUGUGGUCGUGGUAAGAGUGGAACCGUGUAGUUCUAAUAGUGGUUGAUGUGAAAGGUGUUGAAAUAUGUGUCCAAAACCUUAACCGGGCACCAUUUAUUAGAUGUCAACCGUGAGUCCCAUUUGACUGGUUUUGGAAUGGUGAGGGGAAAGAAUAUAAUGUAGAUAAAGGAUUAUAUAUACACUACACAAAAACGUAUAGCUGGAAGAAUUCCCUGGUGUACCUCACAGACACCCGAGAAACAAUGUACAAUAGUAAGAAAGUGGAAAAACACCCAGAAUACAUGUAAAUUAAUAUAUAAAAUAUACAACAACCUGAUGGAAAAUGUAAUCCAUAUGGAUUCUGUAUAAAAAUCAGAGAUCCAACAUAGCGUAAUACAGUAAAAAAACUUAGCAAUAUAUAAAUAUAGGUGAUUGUAGAUACACUCACAAACACACGUAGAAUAUGGCUUCUCGCCUACUCAGGAGCAAUAUAUGAUGGUGAUACGACUGGAAAAUCCUCUCAAUGGAACAUAUGGAAAUAAAGGAAAUCACAGAUAGUGAAGUUUGUUGUUAAAAUACAAAAUCACAAUUUAUUGGUCACACUUACAUGUGUGUAUAGCACAAAGAGCAUAUCUCUCAGUAACCUUGGAACUCCAUGCAGUAUGGUCCUCAAUCCAAAAUAGGAAGUGGCAGGAGGGGUUAUCAAAGAGCAGCCAAAAUACAGAUAUAUACAGAUUAAAAACAAUAUAAAAUAACAAUGUGGAAAUAAAGUCCAUACAUAGGGAUUUAUGUAUGGACUUUAUUUCCACAUUGUUAUUAAGAAUCCAUAAAAAGCAAGAUAUAUGGCUGGGUUUUUUUUAAGCACCAUAUUGGUUGUAUGUUCCAAUGGAGCUGUAUCUAACAGGUCAGAUAAUGACUGGAAUAUUUUGUGGAUGGGUAGUCUUUUAUGGGGUAGAUGUGUCUGAUUUUUGGAUUCCCUUCAGCAGUGUUUUGAUCUGGUAUGAUAAAAGGAAUCCUGUUUUGUUGUGGUGUUGUAUUACCAUGUGGUGUUAAAUGCCCGUUAAUACAGAUAACCUUAAAUUAAUGUGGCAAAAGGAAGUAAACCCCAGCAUGGUUUCCAAAGCAAAAAUGUCCUGUACUUGAAAUUCCGCCAAGAACAUAGUGAAAACGUGAAAGGCCCUAUCAUAGGACUUCCUAGAGCUAACUGAAAGUGCCUGGUGGGAAAGGUUAAUCCAGGAUCAUGUCCUGAAAAGGAGCGGUAGGUAGAGUCUGGAGGAAGGCAUGAAAGUGAAAACGAGAUAAGCUAUAUUCAUGACACCCAGAAUGUGAAUACAGGUGAUGAAAAAUUGUCUGGUGGCCGCCACCCAGGUGAGUCUCCUUUUAAACCUCAUAAUAACCAACAAGGAAGACUGGCCUUUAUUUACGAUGUGGCCAGGUUGUCGGAAUAACAUCUGACAGAUUGGCCCACCCAGUCUGUUCCCCAAGCGAUAGCAGCGGCCACGAUUGGGUACAGUUCAAACAUAGCAGAUGUAGUGGAGAAGCCAGGAAGAGAACUAAUUUCUCUAGACCAUGUGCCUCACAGCCACUUGUUACCCCAGAUGGUAGCGAAACCAGUGUUGGCUGCCGGAUCUGUCCAGAGUGUAUGAAAAUUGUCUGAAAUUGGGGGUAUAAACAUGGUGUGUCCGUUCCAGGAGGUGAGAAAAGUGUGCCACAUGCGUAUAUCGGCCAUCGUAUGUGUGUCGUCUGAGGGGAGGUUUGGGAAUAAAGAAAGUAACCGUGGGAUAAAAGAUCUACUUUUGGGAAUUUCAGUUACAAGAACCUAGUUGUAAGUACAAUUCAGUGCUCGCUAGGGUGCGCCCAAUUUUAUCCUGGGUAAGACUUGCCUGCAUGUGAACUGAAUCAAGUUGAAUCCCCAGAAAAUGUAUAACUGUGUCCGGACCUUUCGUCUUUUUAGGAGAGACCGGGUAUACUCAGGGAUUCCAAUAGAGUUAACAUUUGUUUCAGGCUGGCAGGGGGAAGUGAGUUUAUUUCUGUAGUGAGGAAAUCUUCCAAAUAGUAAAUUACAGUCGGACAUCUGCAGACAUUAAUGGCCCAGAUGGCAUUGUCAAUUGUGGAAUAUUGCAGUGAGAAUUCGUCAGAGGGUAUGAGGGAAUUAAGACUGGGGACUGUGGAGGAAUGUGGUUCCAAUAAGUCUCUGAUUAGUCUGUGUUUAUGUGGUAAAAAAUAGGGAUUGUACUUUGUCGUACCUGUGAUAGAAUCAUAAAUGAUGAUUCUUAGUAGAAAUUAGUGGAAGGUAGGAUAGUAGUGGAUACUUAAGUAAACCCAAACCCUAGGAGUGAGGGGAGAAUUUGGUGAAUGAAGACCUUGUGAAAUGAAAACAGUCUGGUCUGAAAUUGACACCUACGAAAAUAUCAAGCUAUUAACGAAAAACCAGGAGGGAUUAUCUAAAUAAGCCAAGUUUAUACCAAUUUUACCAACCUAAAUUGACAGUAUAGAGAAGUUUACAGGACAAAUUCCUCUGACUAAUAUUCCUGCAAUACACCUGCAGGUUAGAACAUCAAAAGGACAUGAGAUGCCAGCCAAAUAGCAGGAUCGGUAUACCAGAAGUAAAAUUGCUAUUUAUAUGAAUGGAACAACCACGAGUUAAUUAUAAUCUAACUGUAAUAUCUAGCUUAACCAGUAGGGCCACCGGUCACGAAGUAACAUACAAAUGUUCAACCGAAAAAUGCUGGAAACAGGCAAUCUGGAAGAAUCGUGCGAACAGCCUAUGCUUAAACAGCUGUUUUGCCCAUUUCUACUGCAAUACAUCACACGGUUCGUAUGAAUUCAUACGAAUGAAAUAAGCCGAACCGGGGGUGGGAGGGGUCAUUAACCGUGUGGUUGAAAGAAAACAAAAAGCCUUUAUAACGGGACUAAAGCAUAUGCGUGCAUGUGAAAGUGCCGAAACACAUAUAUAUUAUGAAAUGGUAAGGGGGAGAGAGAGAGAGGAAAAACUUGGGUCUGACUUAUGGUAGAAACGAGCAGUUCUGAUACCAGUCUUCGAGCAAGCCGGAGGGCAGCGAUGCUGUAUAGUUUGGCAAGUGGUCAGAUAUGCAGAAUUUAAACAGAACAGGAGCAGGAAAUCAGGACACGAGGAAACUGCAGGAGACCGCAAAAUGUCGACCCGAAGUAGUCACUCAACUCGCCAGACCAACAAUGGUAAAGUGGGGGAGGAUUGCCAGCCCUUAUAAUGGGAUCCCAAGACCCUCCCACAUCUACAGGCUCAGCCUUAAUUAUGGACAAAAUAUUUCAACGCACCUCUUAAUUAUUGAACUCAGGUGUUAAAAUCAGAUCCAUUGCCACAGGUGUAUCAAGCACCAAGCCGAACAUUUGUGAAAGAAAUGGGUCAUUCUGAAGAGCUGCGUGAAUUUUAGUGUGGUAAUGUAAUAUAAGGCUACCUUUGCAAUAAGUCAGCUCAUGAAAUUUCAUCCCCGCUAUAUAUUUCAUAGUCAACUGUAUGUGAUGUAAGUGGUCACAGAGUGCUGAGACGCACGGUGCGUAAAAGUCACCAAAGCUCUUCUGAUGCCAUAGUUGUAUAGUUCCAAAUUUCCACUGGCAUUAAUAACUGUGCAAUAGGAGUUUCAUGGAAUGGGUUUCCAUCGCCGAGCAACUGCAUGCAAGUCUCACAUCACCAAGUACAAUGCCAAGCAUCGGAUCCAGUGGUGUAAAGCACGCCACCACUGGACUCUGGAGCAAUGGAAAUGUCUUCUGUGGAGUGACAAAAUAUGCUUCUCUGUUUGGCAGUCGUAUGGGCAAUUCUGGUUUUGGUGGAUUCCUGGAGAGUGUUAACUUUGGUGGAGAAGGGAUGGGGCUGUUUUUCAGGAGUUGAGCUAAGCCCCUUAUGUCAAGUGAAGAGAAAUCUUAAUGCUUCAGCAUACCAAGACAUUUUGGACAAUGCUAUGCUUCCAACUUUGUAGAUUUGGGAAGGCCCUUUUCUAUUUCAUCAGGACUGUGCCCCAAUGCACUAAGCAAGGUCUGUAAAGACAUGGUUGGAUGAGUUUGGUGUGGAGGAACAUGACAUGUCUGCACAGAGCCCUUACCUAUCAAACGCCUUUGGGAUGAACGUGAACAGAGAUUAUGAGCCAGUCCUUCUUGUCCAACAUCAAAUGCUCUACUGGAUGAAUGGGCAGAAAUUCCCACAGAAACAUUACGAAAUCUUGUGGCAAGCCUUUCCAGAAGAGGGGAAGUGGUUAUAGCUGCAAUGGUGGACAAACUAUAUAUUUAUGUAUUUAGAAUGCAAUGCCAGAGGUUCCUGUUGGUGUAAUGGUCAGGUGCCCCAAUACAUUUUAUCCAUAUAGCGCAUGUGUGUAUACUUAUUGUUAAUUUGAAAAAUUACUUAAUACUUUCAGAAUCAUAAAAUUACCUUAUCCCCUAGUGUUUUUAGCGUUUCUCCUUCCUUGUCCUUUUAGUCAAAUACAUUCCUGGUUAUAUUAUAUUUUAGACGUAAUAUAGCUGUGAAAACACAUGAACCAUUUCGAAUGGUGUGUCCUGUCACCUGAAUUAAUGAGCCAAAUGUUUCCAUGUAAGUUUAUAAGCAUUUAUUGCCGUUCUCAGAGGUGCAGUGCUUUGACUGAGAGCCGAAUUGUUUGGAUCCAUUCACCUGUAUGAAUCCUUCCCCUGGCCAUUGGCAAUGCAUCACACUAUCAUCUCUCCCCAUACGCCUGUACCAUAUGGCCCAACUAUAUGCAUUAAUCAUUAUGGCCUCUUUGUUUGCCUCUGAUCUUGCACAACCUGAAACCUGUCUCCUUCAUGGUUCUGAGCUUCUAAUAAUGAGUUAUAUCACGUGACGUUCACCAACAGACUCAAAAACAUAAUAGACAGGUCAACAUAAACUCAGACGUGGCCUAGGCUGUCAUAUUGAUGAAUGUGUGGAAAUUUGAGCUCAAUACUGGAGAGAUGGGCCAGUGAUCUGCAUUGCUUUGGUGCACAAGUAGACAGUUUUGUGCAACAAAAGUACUUUUGGUACAAAAAGAUGCUUUGUGCAUUUACGAUUUUUCUUUAAACGAGUGUGGACAUCUUAAUCCGUGAUCUUUUUAUUUUUAGAGAGAUCCUCUAUUAAGCCUAAUACUCCUAAUUGUAGUUGUUGGAUUACAGUGUAAGUCUUGUUUCGUGACCAGAUGUACAGUCUAGCUGAAUCUUUAGCAAUCCUUUGUAUUGUACCUUAUCUCCUACCAGGAUCUAUCUUUAAUAAGCAUGAUCAUAGCCAGAUAUGGAAAAAACACAGUUAAAGUGUGUGUGUGUGUAUAUAUGUGUGUGUGUGUGUGUGUGUGUGUGUGUGUAUAUAUAUAUAUAUAAUAUAUGUAUGUAUGUAAAAAAACGAUAAAAAUUGUAUAUUGUAAUAUCUUUGUUAUUGGACUAACAGAAUUUUUUUCAAGUCUGAAGCAUUUCUGAGCAAGAGGACACAUAGAUUUCAAUACAGGGAUCUUGCUCAGAAAUGCUUCAGACUUGAGAAAGGGAGGUUCUCCCGAAAGCUUGUCAUUAAAAAAUUCUGUUAGUCCAAUAAAAAAGGUAUUACAAGAUACGAAUUUUAUGUUUUCGACAUCUACAUCACUGGACUAAUACGGCUACAAUCUCUGCUUGAACACUAUGGUAUGUAUGUAUGUGUGUGUAUGUAUUUAUGUAUGUAUGUAUAUCUCCAAAUAAGUUAUGGUGGGGAAAAAUUGUGAUUGAAAACCUCUUCCACCUGAAGUCUGUGGAUAAUUAAUACAAUGUUAAACAAAAAUCUGCACACCAGUCAAGCCAUAAGACUUGCUUUUCCCAUCACAUCGGAUUUCUGUGGGACUGGUGUGCAGAUUUUUGUUUAACAUCGUAUUAAUAAUAUAUAUAUAAAUACAUACAAUACAUUUGUAUAUGUAUAUACAUAUAUACAUAUACAAACUGGAAUAUAAUGUUAUUUAAAUGUGUGUAAGGAUUUGGGAUAGUAAGCAAGUAACUUUUAUGAUCCUAGAAUUUUUUGGAUGCUGCAUGUACAGCUAUUCUUUCCAUUUGCAGAGGUCCCAUAUGAGGAGAGAAUUUCCAGUCGCGGGUACUUUCUAGGCCUGUCUUGGUGUCAAAUUUGACAUUUUGUACCUUGUGGUUUUCACGCAUGAUACAAAAGUACAUCCCUGUAUUUACACACUGGAUCUACAUGUUUGUAGCGGGGAGUACUUUUGAAACUAGCAUGUGAGAGUCCAUUAUAGAGCUAUGUGCUGGUUCAACAAAGCUAUCAAUGUACUUAUCGCACCUGUAGAAAGACCUUUGUUUUUUUUAACUUAAUCAACUACUAUGGCCUGUAGCAUUUCACCAGUUUAGAGUAUGAGGCGAGCGUGUGUGUGUUUUUUUUAUUUUUUUAUUUUUUUUAUUAUAUAUAUAUCUCUUCACUUUAUUGUAUUAUAUCCUCUAUAAAUGCUUGAUUCCCACAGUGUAGACUUUGUUACCAGACUUCUAUCGGCAGAUACAGAUCUCACUAUUUGUAGUAUAUUUUUAUAGUAAAGCAGAUGGCUGUAAAUUGAGCAGAUAGUAGGUGGGAGCUGUGCAGAGCCAUUGCGUGUACACAGUCAGCUAGUGCUGCUGUUGUGUGUGAUUAUUUUUUUUUUUUUUAACAUAGCAGUGCGUUUUUAACCAAGUCAAGUCAGUGUUAUAUUUGGUAAUGCAAACAAGUCUUGCAUUCCACCUCUGUCGCCCAUUGUAAAACUGGAAAAUGUAAUUAAUUUGUGAACUGAUCCAGUAAGCACACUGCGUGUAAAGUCAAAGCGGGAUUGUGGCUUCUCUGGUGAUUCCCAUGGUGGUUAAAAAUGAUUUUAAAAAGAAAAGGAUCCCCCCCCCCCCAUUUAAACCAGAUGGUUUUUUUUGUUCUCUAAAUUGGAUUACUUUUAAUAUAAACCUUUUGGGGGGAGGGGAACCCCUAAAUAUAGUUGUCUAUUUAUUUUUCCAUAUUUUUUAUGAAGUUUUUCAGUCAACCGAAAGCGUAUAACAUACAAUCAAUUGAUACUUAUGUGGUAGAUUAAGUAGUAGAGAAAUAAACAUAAUAUACAAUGUCGGCAUCCCAUCGGGUGUACAUAACAGGAUUACUGCCUUACCCAUCCAAGUAUCCCCUGGGUGGACCUUGGCCGUAGAUCAGAUAUAGGAAUGUCCGUGUGCCCUGCUGGCUGACUCUGGCUGGGUGGAUUUGAUUUAAAUCAUUUGUUUUAGAUCAAGAGUUUUAAAUGUAAAGACUCAUUCUUGAGGGUUAUAAUCUUUUAAUAUUUGCAACCAGAUGAAAUUUCACAUUUAGGAUAAUAACCUGUUAGAUUAGUAAAACCGCUAGAUCAGAACGGAUUUUUUUGUUUAAUAGGUUAAUAGUUCAUAUUUGGAGAAUUACAAUAAAAUUAUAUAGCAUAUACAUACUGGUAUUUGCUUUAACGUUAAUGUUUAUUAACUGAAGUGGUUAUACAACGUAUCUUUAAAAAAAAAAAACGUACGCUGAAUGCAUCAGCUGGGGUCCACAUGAAAAACGUAACACUGUUUUCUGCAGCUCACUCAUCUUCAUUCUCUUGUUUGAUCAUAAUCUGGAAAAGCAAAACAAGGUUUCCUGCUUUAUCUGGCCCCAUCCGAUUUCUCAAUUUAGAAUGAACAAGUCUCAAGGAAGAUCUUAUGCUUUCCUUGCCAAUCGAAGAGGGCCAAUGCUGUUAGAAGGGAAGUCCAAGUGCAUAAGUGGCUUCCUCCACCCAGUUCACUGGUGUGACUUGCAAACAUAUAUUUCCUGAAUGGCUCUCUCUUAGCUCUGAAGUUUAUUAUAGUUGGUAGUAUAGCUGGAUAACUAUGUCAUGGCUAACUCCUCUUCUUCAGCACUUAAGAUUUGACCCUGCUGCCUGUUAUUGACAAUGUUAGUGAGAAAAUGAGCAGGAGACAGUGCUUGUCCCAUUUCUAUUUAAAGCUUGUAAUUUAAUUCUGUCACUGGCAGCAUUAUAUUAAAAUAAAUUUGAUUGAAAUAAAAAAAAAAAAAUCAGAUUUUAAGAAAAAACUAUAAAAGAUUUUAAUCCACUGUGGUCUCAUCCAAUUCGCCUUUCCCCAACCUUGCCUCACAGGGAUAACGUCACUUUAACAUAUUAGCCGUCUUCCACCCAUCCCAUAUUGCAUGGACUUUAUCGCAUUUACCCGUCAUUCCAUACGUCAGUUUUUUGCGAAUAAAUCUGUUGUAGCUUGACUCGUUGUUGGCCAGACUGUAGAUUUCCACCCCUGCACUACACAAGAUUUAGCUACACCUAGAAUGUGGAUCUUUAGAUUUAGUUGAGCCCCUUGCACUUUGUAUCAGAAAAUAUUCAGGAGGAAAACCUCCAGCUAUUGAGGCAACAGAAUUGCUGUAUAUGUUUUAAUUUUAGCCCCUCAGCCCCCUUAAAAGGUAAUAAAACUUAGCUUAUUUUCAGGUCUGCUGGCACUUGUCCCGCCUCCGAUCUGUCUCCUUGGUGACAUCAACAGAAUUGCUGAUAUUUAGUCAAACUCAUGCUUUCCUCAUAGGGAAAACAUUGGAGUGGCUAAAAUCGGCAAGGAUGAGGGCGGGGCCAAACGCUGAUUUGGCCACUCCGUAUCUCCUCAUAGAGAUGCAUUGAAUCGGUGCAUCUCUAUAAGGAAAAUUCAGCGUCUCCUUGCAGCGCGUGUAGACGCUGAACGGAAGGGCUGCUUACAGUGCAGCACUGCCCCAGGAAGCACCUCAAGUGGACAUCUGAGGAGUGGCCACUGCAGGUGUCCCUAGGGGGCAAUGUAAACACUGCUUUUUCUCUGAAAAGGAAGUGUUUGCAUGAAAAUGCCUGAAGGGAAUGAUUAUAAUCACAAGAAUAACUACAUUAAGCUGUAGUUGUUCUGGUGACUUAAGUGUCCCUUUUAAGUACCAGCGCAUGGAUAGUUUGUAGUGCAACUCACAGUGGUUUAACAUUUGGAGUCCAAAGUCAUAUGAACAAAUGACUUCCCUCCAGUCUUCUCUAAUAAAGCUUUUAUUUAACUCUGAUUCCCGAUUAACCAUUGAGAACUUUAUAGGCCCUUUUGCCGUUUUAAGACUUAUAGCACACAUACAGUGAUUUACUUGGUACCUUGCAGGCGGCACAAAAUUUACCCCAUAAAGUAAGGUUGGAUGGUUCACACCUGACUACCACCGGUGAGGUCAGUAUGUGCUUUACUCUUAAGAUAUACAAACAUUUCUCUUGGUGCCAAGGCAAAUUCCCUAGACAGAUCUGUAAAAGAUUUACCCCAUUCUUUGUUCAGGAUCUGAUGAUACCCGCAGCAACUCACCCCAGUAAAUUUAAAUCUAAGUUGUACAAUGCCAGCAUUAUUUUGUUGCAAAUAUAAUGCGCUGCAAGGUUGCCGUCCUCACCGAAGUAAUGUGAAUUUCGCUUGUGGAGUAGUCUCCUGAAUCAAGGGGAAUUUAUUUUGUGGGACCCAUUACAUUUGGUGAAACGAGUAUGGCUGUAAGUAGUCAUUUUCCAGUCUUAACCACAGUCGGAGGCUACUACCUGUGCCAUUAUUGUGGCAAUAUAGAUUCAUAGUGUUUCUGGUUUCAUUUAAUAGUCUUACGUGAUUUUCAGGAAGCGGUUGUUUACAGGCUUUGGUUACUUUUAUGCGUAGGUAGGCCAAUCAAGUAUGAACCUAUGCUUCAGAUUUAUACUCUAGGUCUGGUGGUUAUCUAUUGGCAAUGCAUGGAUUUUAUAACAUACACCAGGGAAAGGUACUACAUGUUAGGAGUACUGUUCCAAAACAAGAUCUUGAACAAAAUUAUGGUGUGUAUGUUGCCGUAUUCUGCUUGUUUUUGCAUGUGAGAGGCUGCCUCUGGGGUUGUGCGCAUGUAUGUGGAUUGUCAGUGGUGGUGUGCUGGUGGGGACUGUUUGUUUUAUUUGUAUGAGGGGAGGCUUAUUAUACAGCUCUGUGUCUAUCUCGCAGUGUGGGUGGCUUCCCUGUAGUCCAGUGGUGAGGUACAGGUCAAGGGCAGGAACUACGAUAGCUGCUGCAGAAUGCUUUACUCCAGUUGGGUAUUCCCGUUCACAAGGGCUGGGAUGGAAGUGAUCAGAGAUCACUUCUUCUAUGUGCUGCAUCACAUAAAUUGAGGAUUGGGCGUUACAACCAGCAAUCACUGCUCAGUUUACAUUAGCAGACUAUCUGGGACUCCUGAUAGGCCACAGCAUGUUUGGUUCUGGCAGCCUUGAGUGCUAUGCAAAGGCACCUCAAGUGCCAUACAUGCAACAUGGGCCAUAGGUUGCUGACCCCUGAUCCUUCCAUUUGUGCCGGUAACGAUAACUGGUCAAUGAUGUCCUCCUGCGAUUUCAUAUGCAUUGUUAGCAACAUUUUUAAGCAAUGUAUAAGUUUUGAGAUACAUUGCUGUUUAUAUCGCGCACACACACACUCACUCACAAUGUUUAUAUAGACAAGACAGUAUAUUCCUGCCCAUAGCUUGUCCCAGCACAUCACUAUAAGCACCUAUUUUUGUUGCAGUGUGAAUGUAUUUUUACUCUCGUUGCUUAUACGGAAAACCAAUUGAACUCCGGUUUGUUUCUUGCUAAAUUCUGAAUGUAAAUUAAAUUAUGUGUGUCCAAUAUUCAACUAGCUUUUUGUUUUAUAUUGUCUUUAACUUGAUUAAUUGAAAUAUAAUUCAUAGACGUAUAAUGAAUGUUUUUACUAUAUUUGUAAUAUAUUUUUACUUUAUUGUAUUACAUUUAUUGCAGUAUUUUAUUUUUAAUUGAUGAUUACAGUACCUGAUGCAUAUGAAUGUCUUUAUAUUUGUUUUUGCAAUACUUUAUAUAUAAUAUAUUAUAGCGCCAGCUAAUUCCGCAGCGCUGUACAAUGGGUGGACUAACAGACACGUGUUUGUAACCAGACGAGUAUGACGCACAGGAACAGAGGGGUUGAGAGCCCUGCGCAAUGACCUUACAUGCUAGAGGGAGUGGGAUUAAGUGACAUGUAAGGGUAGGGUAGAAAAGUAGGUUGCUAGGAUAGAAUUUGUUAAGGGCUUAAUGCUUUAUGUAUAUAUAAUAUAUAGGGUAUAUAUGUGUGUGUAUAUGUAUGUAUGUAUGUAUAUAUAUAUAUAUAUAUAUAUAUAUAUAUAUAUAUAUAUAUCUCUGUUGCAGGAGGGGUAUCAAGGUGUUCCGCAGGGAAGGCUAUUAACAUUUAAAUUGAUAUGCUUUCCUGAAGAGGUGAUUUUACAAUUAUUUAUUCGCAUACUAUAUGUUUUGCAUAACCGUAAAAGUUAAGGAAGUGGGAGGCGACAACUGCUUUGCCUACACACUUUUGUGAGUGAAACUCCUUUACAUUAUAUAGUGUGUGGGAACUUCACUUGCAAAAGUUAUACAAAUAGCAUAGGCCCUCCUUUCCCAAGAAAGCCAGCACAUCUGCGUCAUUAAGAGGGGCCAUGCCAGACGAGCUUCCCAAGCACAGGCUGUCCACAGAGAACGGUUGUCACCCAUGAAUGUGGGCUAAUGACUAUGCUGAAUUCAUUAGGAAUGAAAUGAAUAUGACAAACAUUUUUUAAAAAUCUAUGUAUUUUCUGCACAGUGCAUGGAAUUUAACAUUCGAUUACAGACUCAUUUAAAAAAAACAAAAAAAAAACACUCUCUUCUAUAUCCACCAGCCUUUUUAUCCUUUUUUUUCAUUUUAUUUUAUCCUCGUUUGACUGGAGUUCCCUUUUUAUCUCAAGGAUGAACUCUAAUAUAAUUGUGUUCUUUAUUACCACAGAUAUCUCAAGAGCCAUUGAAUUGCUGGAGAAACUGCAGAGGAGCGGGGAAGUGCCCCCACAUAAACUACAUGCUUUGCAAAGAGUCCUUCAGAGCGAUUUCUGCAAUGCUGUCAGGGAGGUGAGAUGCGUGUCUUACUCUGUUUCUAUAAAACCUAAUAACCAGGGGCUAUUUCUAUAUUGGAAGGUGAAGGCACAAUACAGCUAAGGUCACACUAGAAAACAAAAAUACAUCAAUUCCUGCAAUAGGCUGCCGUCUAGAUCUCAUGGGGGCUGUACUGUUGAAUAGAGGUUUACAUGGUGCAGCACAUUGGUUAGCCUUAACAGCCCUGUCAUUGGUUUUGUUAAUAGUUUGCAUAGAUCUCCUUUUGUUAAUUUAAAGUUUCUACGAAGCGGAGUGUAAGAGAAAUAUCAAUCGUCAAUACAACCAUGAAAUGUCUCCUGCCACUAAAAUCACCAUAACACGGCUUAAAUGCCAAGUUUCAGACUUAAAAUAAAUGUCAAAAUAUCUAUACACUUCCACUUAUUACACUUGCACUUUUUGUUUGAAAAUGGGAUUGUUGGGUUUUGUUUUUUAUUUUUUUUUGUAUAUUGCAGGCAGGGCUGGCGCUACCUGUUAGGCGGACUAGGCAGCCCGAGCGCUCUGUAGAGAGCCUCAGGCGGCUGCAGCUUUGCCCAGGCUGGUGCGUCCACGAAGGCGCAGCACGAGGAGAGGGGCUGACAGGAGGGAAGCGCUCAGCGCUCCCUAAUGUCACUCCCUCACUGUAGCGUGGCCGAGCUCUGUAUGGUCCGCGGGUACAGGGAGCAUCUGUCUCCUAUACCCGGCCGGACUAACACGGAGUGUCCACUUCCUUUUAGUCCGGCCGGGUACAGGAAACAAAAGCUCCCUGUACCCGCGGACCAUACAGAGCUCAGCCACGCUACAACAGAGAUAGGGGAGGGGGAGAAAGAAAUUGAAUGGGAAGGGAGGGAGAGGGGGGAGAAGAGUGACAUCCAUCACACACAAAAACACACAAUGCAUUACACACAGAGACACACACACAAGCAAUACAACUUACACACAAUGCAUCCCUUACACACACACUGCAUCCCGUACAUACACAGAAACACACCUUACAGCCCUUACACAUACAAACACAGAUUCACACAAUGCAUUCCUUACACACAUAUCAGGACAUCCCCUACACACUCCACCCCCUGUGAAUAGCCCCCAAAAAUGGAGCUGCUUCCCGUUCUCCCAGAACAUUGAUUUUUGUGACCACAGUUACAAACCGCCUCCAGAGAGCCUGAUCUACACCAGACCAGUGUAGCCAGACUGCAGCCAGAGCCCAUCAUCAUCCUCAUCUGGUUGUAAGUAGGCAAUCUAGUAUAUUAUUCGUGGCACUAUCUCUAAUUUACCUCACAUUAAAUGGACACUAUAGUCCCCAGAACCACUGCAGCUUAAUGUAGUGGUUCUGGUGUCUAUAGCCUGUCCCUGCAGGCCUUUUAAUGUAAACACAGCGGCACUGCAGCACUGGUGUUAGUUAACAUGGCAAAUCAUAUGGGUGGGGCAUAGUGAUGUCACAUGGAGGGGGGCAGCAAAACUCCUUGCACCGGCCCUGAUUGCAGGCUAUGUUUCUGAUGUUUCAUUAUUAGCCUUUAUGUUCGUAUCCUUUCCUUACCCCAGCUGGCUUCAUCCUUGUUCUGAGUCUUUUCAAAGUAUCCACACAAACCCACUUCGUCAGGGAAGCCUAUCUGCUCUGUGUGUUUUGUGUUUUCAAAAUGUCAUUGAUUUAUUAAAAAAAUAAAUUUCUUGCCUUUUCAAGUGGUUUUGUUGUCAUGUUUUUUUUGUUUACAUCUGUUUGUUUGUUUUUAAUUUCUAUCUUUGUUUCUUAACAAGGUUUAUGAGCAUGUUUAUGAAACGGUGGAUAUCAGUAGCAGCCCAGAAGUGCGAGCAAAUGCGACUGCCAAGGUAAUAUUAAUCACACUGUCGAAUGCACAUAAAAAAUUAGAGAUGUAUAUUAACAAGGCCAUCGCUCUUAAAGGGAGACUCUAAGCACCAGAUGGCUAUUGCCUCUGGAAAAACCCUUACCAUCGCUUUAGCUUGGGCAAGUAUUUGUAGUUGAACUUCUCCUUCAAAGAUUAUGAAUUUCGCAUUCCCAUGGCAACCAUUGAUUGUAAACUUCCUAAGGCAUUGAUUUCAUUGCUAUUCAUAUUGUUUUGCAUCUUGGUCUUUCCACCUGGGAAUGUGAUUUGAGUUUUAUAAACCAUACAUUGUUCUGUUGCGAUACCUUCAAAGUGUCUUUUUAAUUGUCCACGGACUAGCUGUAUACUGAAUGUGUCUGAAGUGAACCUUUGAGAGUUAUUUAUUAGAACUUCAACACUGCUUGGAACUAAUGAGUGCUACAGGUGGCUGUUGCAUGUGUCAGAACACUAAAAUAUGUUGGAAUUUAAUUAACAGCUGUGUAUUGUUAAAAGGCUAUUAUCCCCCGCAGUGUAUAUAUAAACAGACAGGGGCUUCAAACUGCUGUUUUAGUCUUAUAAAAGUAAGCUUUCAGUUCUGAAAACAAUGUCGCUUGACUUUUUCUUUUGUUUUUUUUGCUAGUUAAAGGGAGUUUUUCAGAUAUGAAAUAAUAAAGUGUUCAUUUAUUCUUCUAAUUGUAUCUGUACAUUAUUCUUUGUGCCAAAAGUUAGAUUGAUUUUUUUAUUUUUAUUUUUUUUAUUUUUUUUAACAUCUUCCUUCACUUUGACCCACAAUACUUUGUAAUCUGCUUCGAGCUCAUUCUGAGAAGCACAGUGGAACCUAACCUUUUUAUGUAUUUAAAAAUUCCAUACGUGAUCUUAGAUUGGUGAUUAGUGAUGUCCCGACCUGUUCGCCGCGAACUCCCGUCAGCUGACCCAUUCCAGCCAAUCAGCAGCAGACCCUCCCUCCCAGACCCUGCCACCUCCUGGACAGCUCACUAAGAAUGCAGCUUCAAAAUGGAUGCUGGAAUGGGUCAGCUGACAGGAGUUCGCGGCGAACCGUUCGGGACAUCACUAUUGGUGAUCCAUUAGAUUAGUGAUGUUAGAUUGGUGAUCCAUUCGAUUAGUGAUGUUAGAUUGGUGAUCCAUUCGAUUAGUGAUGUUAGAUUGGUGAUCCAUUCGAUUAGUGAUGUUAGAUUGGUGAUCCAUUAGAUUAGUGAUGUUAGAUUGGUGAUCCAUUAGAUUGGUGAUCCAUUAGAUUGGUGAUCCAUUAGAUUGGUGAUCCAUUAGAUUGGUGAUCCAUUAGAUUGGUGAUCCAUUAGAUUAGUGAUGUUAGAUUGGUGAUCCAUUAGAUUAGUGAUCUUAGAUUGGUGAACCAUUCUUAAAAGCUGUGAAACCCAUAAUCUGUAACCAAAAAAAUCUAUAAGAAAACCCCUUCUAACAUGUAGUGGUCUACAUUAUGCUGGGGAACACAGUGCUGCUACAGUAAUCAGUUUGUUGUUGGAAGUUUCCAGGGCGCUUACAAAUAUGUUUUCUUAUUGUAAUCUUUGGGAUCCUAAAGAAAUUUAAUGGGAUCCUUAUUUGGGACUUGACCCAGGACUUGUGAAUGUGUUUAGACCAAACCCUUGGUCUGUGGCCAGUAGAAGAUGUAAUAUUGAGGGCACAUCUUGUUACCAAUUAACUGCAGACUGUUUUGGAUUGAAACCGUUUACCCAUAUCUCUUGUCCUGCAAAAAUAUAUACAAUAGUGAAAAAUUUGAGGUGACACAAAGAUUUCUUUAGAAUGCUUUGGUUAUGCAAAUUCUAGUUUUUCAUAGCAUGAGAUACAUUUAUAAAAAUGUAUUUAUUUAAACAAAUGUUUGUUACAGGCCACCGUAGCUGCGUUUGCUGCCAGUGAAGGACAUUCCCAUCCCAGGGUUGUGGAACUUCCCAAAACUGAAGAAGGUCUUGGAUUCAAUAUAAUGGGUGGGAAAGAGCAGAAUUCACCCAUCUAUAUUUCUCGUAUUAUCCCUGGUGGGAUAGCAGAUCGACACGGAGGACUUAAGCGUGGUGACCAAUUGCUCUCUGUUAACGGCGUGGUAAAAGAUUUUUAACUGUACAUUUUAUUUUCAGAAAGUUAUUUGACUUUUUUUUUUUUUUUUUUGUGCAUAUCGGCCAUUCCAUUUUUGAUACCCUGUCUUUGUCUGGAAUUAUAUUUCAGCUUAAUAUCUUCCAGCAACAGCCCUGUAUUAAAAAAACCAUAAGCAACUAUUGGGAAGUUGAUUCUUAACUGCAUGUCUGAUAAUAAUUAUUUCUGAUAAUUUGUUACUGUGUUUGUGUUCAGAGUUAACCUGUGUAUUGGUGGUAGGUUAUCACUAAUAUAUUUUGGUUGUAUGACCAAUUCUUCAGUAUAGACCAGUCCUCAAGGUACCCCCUAACAUUCCAGGAUUUAUGGAUUACCCAGUUGUCUGUUUAAAAAAUCAAAAAAAAAAAAAAAACUUUAGACACAACAGGGUAAUCCCCAAAUCCUGGACUGGUAGGGGGUAAUUGAGGACUGGGUUGGGAACACCUGGUACAGACUAUUUGCCGAUGAACUGACAGACAAAAGAAGAGUAGAACAGACCUUCCAUAGGUGAACUGUGUGCUCUCCAUACAGAACAACCACAUUGUAUGCUCUCUGGUUGCUAUGGUAACUACCUUGCCAAUGCUGCUAGAGUUGACUAGGAUGAACAGGGAGGUUUGCCCUGCUUGGGAAGAAGUUGAGGUGGGUGUUACAGAUGUGUAACACCCACCUUUGUGAGGACAUGGUGGCACAAUAGCAGAUGGUGAGUUGAAUCAGGAUAUAUUCCCCUUAAAAUAUUCAUUCUACUGUUUUCUGUCAUGCAUCAAGACUGAACAUUAAAUAUUUUUUUGGUUCCUACAGAGCGUAGAAGGGGAGCAGCAUGAGAAAGCUGUGGAACUUCUGAAAGCAGCUCAGGGUAAAGUAAAGCUGGUGGUACGGUACACUCCUCGAGUCCUGGAAGAGAUGGAAUCCCGCUUUGAAAAAAUGAGGUCGGCGAAACGUAGGCAACAGAACUAGAAGAACAGAUUUGUACACCCUAAACACGAACUUUGAUGUCCACCCUACAAUACAUUUGGGUUCACCUGUGAACAAGCAGCACCGUGCUCAAUUUAGAUCCCCUAUUGCGCAACGUCGCCACUUGAACCAUUGCAUAGACAUCAUCUCUAGAGUUCGCAGUAGGCACAACAAUACCAUAGAGGUCUUUCUGAUAUGAGUGUUAAAACGUUUACAGGGCACUUUUUACAUACCCUCAUUUUUUAAUCUAGAGAGAAAUAAACUCAAUUUUAAUACAGUUAUGGAAUUCCGCAUUUGAAAACUGAUUCCUUACAUCUUACAUGUUGAUGAAUUUAAGAUUCAAUUCUGUCUUGUUUCAUCUGUACACACAAUUUCUUAUUCCCUUGAUGUGUCUGUUAUAGUAAUUUAUAGAUGGUGGGAAAAUUCGAUUUCAGCUGCUCAUAAGACGUUAGUCUGUAUUGUUGUGGGGUUUUUUUUUUUAUAUGCCAUUUGGCCUGUCUUGAAUGCAUUGUAAAUCAGAUUGAACCAAAAAAGAAUCACUUGAUUUGAACGUAUUUGUAAGUUGAACCAGAGUUUAGUAUUCAUUGUGCUGAUAUGUGUGUUGGUUUUUGUUAAUCUGCAAUUUGUAAACGUGGCCACUGGGUGUCAUGAUUGUCACAUUAUUCGCCACAUUCUAACCAAGUGAAAUCAAAUGGCUUGAUGUGAUAUUUACUUUUAUGAGAGCUAAAUAAAUUUCAUUUCAGUCCACUAAGGUGCACUGUGGAGCUCCCUAGAUUGAGUAAUUGGGAAUUAAAUACAACUCACAAAGGUGAGUAGAUUGGGGGAGUGUCAGUGUAACUGAAGUCACUAGCGUAAGACCAGUGUGCAACUCAAAUGAUUUAGGGAUUUUUAAUUCUUUAUAAAAAAUAAAAAAAGAGAACUAAAGACGGUCACAAAACAAUCGAGAAAUCAUUGGAUUCCAUGACGACCGCAACAACCAACUUUGACUUUAAACUUUUUAAAGGCACAAUGUAGGCACUUUAACCACUUCAUCUUAUUGCAGUUGUCAUCGUGUCUACAGUCCAAUGGCUCCAUUCUUCCUUUCAGUGCAAAACGGUCUUCAACACUAAUGGGAGUCCACAGCAGCCUGAACCCUCUGUGCAGUUGUGAUAAUGAGGACGCAUUCGCUUGAAAAGUAUUUGGUGUCAUUGAUUGGCUGAGAGUGGCAGGUGACUGUAUUCAGUCUGCCUCAGUCAACCAUUUCUGGUACGAAUGGGUAUGGCUAAGAAAAGAGUGUUAUCUCUGCCUUAGCCAGACCUGCAGUGGGGGCUUGGCUGUGGGCGGCCAGGAGCCCUCAUUCACUGUUAAACUAUUUGAAAAUAGUCUUACACUUAUUAGAAUGACCGCACCAGGGGACUGCAGGCACUAUACCAAUUCAAUGAGAUGAUAUGGUUAUAGAGUGACUCUAGGCAAUGCCUAGAGCAGGGGUAGGCAACCUUACACACUCAAGAUGAUGUGGACAUAAUGCUCUUAGUCAUAAUGCUGGCAAAGCAUUAUGGGAGAUGUAGUCUGCAAAAUCUGGAGCCAAAGUUUGCCUACCACUGACCUUGUGUGUCGCUUUAAUCAUGUGUAGAAUUAAUUCAUAAUAGUUACAGCUGAAAAUAUAUUUAUUUUCUUCACAUUUUGAAAGUUUUAGUAGGGGUGAUAUAAAAUCUCAUUUUGAAGCGGUCUGUGACUUGCCAUUUACUCUUGUUGUUCUGUGAACCUGAUAUCACCAAGGCAUUGUUAAUCUGAGCUCAAAAUUGUAAAUAUAAACACUGCAUCUCAUUAACAGUAAUAAUUUACUUUCUGUUAAAUCAUUCUACCUAGGUUGGUCUUGUAGAUUAAGACCAAUCUAGUAGCUCCUUUAUGGCAGUUGUUAUAUAAAUGAAUUAAGGAAGCGAUGGGUCUUGGUGUCUUUAUUCUGCAGUAUUUAGUGAUUUGUGGCUAGUGAAAAUAUUUUUCAGGCUUCGAACACGACUGUAUAUUGUUUUCAUACCGUCUGUAUGAUUGAUAUUAAAUGGUACUCAAAUAAUUAUAGGCACUUUUAGGGGUGUUUGAGAGUAAUACGCCCAGACAAUUGGAGACUAGUGAUGUCCCGAACGGUUCGCCGCGAACGGUUCGCCACGGACUCAUCAUUGAGUAAACUUUGACCCUGUACCUCACAGUCAGCAGACACAUUCCAGCCAAUCAGCAGCAGACCCUCCCUCCCAGACCCUCCCACCUCCUGGACAGCAUUCAUCGUGAAGCUGCAUUCUUAGUGAGCUGUCCAGGAGGUGGGAGGGUCUGGGAGGGAGGGUCUGCUACUGAUUGGCUGGAAUGUGUCUGCUGACUGUGAGGUACAGGGUCAAAGUUUACUCAAUGAUGAGUCCGCGGCGAACCGUUCGGGACAUCACUAUUAGAGACUGCUAAUUGUGAUAGCAGUGCAGAUAGUGAUUAUAGCAGCAAGGGUCCAAUUUUAAAAUGUUAAAUUGUCAAAGUAGAUGGACACAUUGAAAAUAUACUGGAAUUACAAAAAUGUGUUAUGAGGCAUGCUCUUUAAAUAUAUUGAAGCAUUCAAAUUGCACAUUUACCACAUUCUUUGCAAAGAAAAUACAUUUUAAAUUGAAUACUUGAUACUAAUCUUAUACUUGCAUAUAUUCAACUUGUAUUAUUUUUCUGAGCCAGCAAUUCUACGCAUAAAUAAACUGCUCAAUAACCACCCACUCCAUUCGUCUCCAAAAAAAAUUAAAAUUAAGAAUUGUCUAUUAUAUUGCUAAUAGUGUAAUCUAGGUCAAAUUAAAAUAAAUCUAAUCACUUUAGGAAACCUGUUCAGAAGGAUGUUUCCACUGUGUGCUUAACAUUGUCAAAGCAACAAGACAUACAUUCUUUAUUUGCAGAUUCAUCGCCCAUUUCUUUUGUCAUGAAAAUGACAACAAAUGUCUUAUUUAAAUUAAAUCCUUUUUAAAUUCUAGAUAAACAAGUGUGAACCGCUGGGUUAUAGUGAAUUUUUGCUGUAAUCCAUUAUUUUUAGUCUUUAAGAAUAUGAGCUUUAUGGAUUACUGGAAAGUUUUUUGUAAACUCUUCAAAAAAUAUUUUGCAUACAGAACACUAAUGUACUUGUUUCAUAUUGUGUACCUGCAGUUUGAUACUAGACUCUUAAUUAUAUUUAGAACGUUAUUAAUAUUUCUUAAGUUUCUACUAGUUAAACAGAGAGAUCUGCUAACACAUUGUCCCUUUGAGAUAUUUCUAAAAAGCCUUUACAUAUUUAGUUAGGGCUGAUUUUUGACUCUUUAGCAUGUAGGUGUUAUUCCUAUAUUUGUUUUCCUUUCUAUAAUGAUUAAAUAUGAUAAAUGCUGGCCAGUCAAGUACAGAACGUUUUUUUAACAUAGAGGAAACAACGCAAUCAGCCUGUAUUGGAUGCAACGGAACACUGAAACAGAUUAUGCAAUUUUGUUUUUGUAACCACUGCUUUAAUUUAGAAUGUGGAAUGUAUCCCAUAAUCUGUGCAAACCUAUUAAUGUUCAGAAUAACCUUUUAAAGACUGAUGCCAAACUGUGCUGUGAUAACAAUCUGUUCUUUAAAACGGCUCUCUGUCACCUGAAAAAAAAAUUGUAUGGUGUGUUUCUACAUUGGCAUUUUUUUCCACAGCACUUUACAAUAUUAUAAAGGGGGAAAUUUAACAAUAAAUGAGACAAUUACAAAAUGUUACAGGAACAAUAAAUUGAUGAGAUCCCUGUUCAAACAAGCUUACAAUCUAGAUUCUAGAUACAGACAGAAUAGUAGGGACUGGUUGAUCUACUAUAUUUCUGUCCAUUCUUACUUAGUGGUCAGUAAGAAAGGACAGAGUAAGGCAGAGAACAUAUAUCACUGCCAAACACUUGGCUAUGGCGCGGCUACCAAGAAGAUGCAGUGGGAGCUAAAUAAUGCUAACAAAUGGAGACCAGAAACAAAGCAACGUUAAUGCUACGAUCGAGGUGGUACUAACGGUUGAAAGAGAUAGGGGGGAAGGAUAAUCCUGUGACAGAGAUGCUGUAAAGAUCCUAUUCCCAACUGGAAUGACCCACCCUACUUACUGUAGGACUGUAUAGGGCAGCCACAGCUAAAUAAUAAUUCCAUUUUGGUAUAGGGCACACAGGGACAAGAUUGUGAUGAGAACCUUGUGUAGCAUUUGGUCUUUAAGUAGUUACUUCUGUAGUGCAUGAUUGUAUUUAUACCGAUGUUAGCAACGAAUGUUAAUACUUAUAGGACGUGUGCCUCUAUCUGCAGGUGAUCAGAUUGCAAGUGAUUCUGAAAUACAGUUUAUGUGGGUGUUUUUUGGUUUGGUUUGUUUUUUCCCCAUAAUUAUUAUUGCUUCAAAGCCCAAAUCAUUAGCGACCAAUGUACGCUUGUAUUAUUUCUAUUUAAAUGUAGAUUGUUCGGAAUAUGUUUUAGACCCUUGUAUAAUUAAAAUUAUUUGAAUAAAAAUUAAUUUUCAAAAAUAUA